AUGAGACUGUUCUUCUUGCUUAGCAGCCUUACCGUCCUGAUUGGGAAUGCACGAAGUAAAGGACGAUUGAAUGACAAAGAUGUGAAAUAUGCUAAAUUGGUUGAGAAAAUGCACCCAAAUACGACAAUGGUUAUAUUUUUAUUGCGACAUGGGCAACGAUUACCAGGCCGCUUCUUGAAUGGCACUGAACAUAUUUUUAGCUCUGAACUUGGUGCUUACGAACUCACAAAGAUCGGAAAGGUUGAAUCAACCAAGACUGGCGAAGCAUUGCGUGGGUUCGUUGGCUCAUUUGUGUCCAAGGAUUAUUUACAGAAUGAAACUGAAUUUUACAGUUCAAGCGCAAGUCGUUGUGAAGUGACACUUCAAAGUUUGCUGGAUGGCUUGUAUUCAAUAAAACCAGUAACAUCGAUAAAUUAUACAGUUGAUGACCCGUUACUGCGAAUGUAUUCGGUGAAUGGUUGUAAACUGAACGAGGAGGUUUAUGCACCAAUUAAGAACAAUGCUCUGCCAGAACUAAUGAAAUUAUAUGAGAAGAACGAAUUAAUACUUAAGUAUAUGUCAUAUAAAACUGGUUGGCCUGCAUCAAUCGAGAGUGCGGUCGAUUUAGCAGACAACCUUAACGCAAUGUUCGCUCACAACGUGUCAUUACCCGAUUGGCUGAAAAAACCAGAAUUGUAUGGCUAUUACAAGAAGAUAUUGGUGGAAGAAUAUUUGAAAUUCAAUGAAAUACACUCGAUCAGUUGUGCUAACUACAAACCGUGUCGUAAUCUGAUGUCUGGAUACUUGCUCCAUAAAAUCAUUGGACUCCUUGGCAAUGCAGCCGAAGGAGUUUCGCAUCCAAAACUCGUCGUUUUCGUAUCGGUUUGUUACUGA